GUUCAGUUACCUGCGUCCGUGGUCCGUCAACGGACGUGUCUCGGCAUCUAUCUCCCAAAAGUAACUCUCCAGCAAUUUUUUCCGUUUUUCCUUUUUACCUGUGAGCAUCCCCCCCAGAAACUCAUCGCCCUUGUAGUUUUUUUUUCAAAAAUCAGAGCCAACGCUAGUGAACAAUCUCAUUUUGGCCGUUAUCAAUUUGAGCCUCCUCCUAGUAGAAAUCACAGCGUCAACUUCUUCUUCUUCAUGUCGGACAGUAGGCCAAAGUGAAGUCAGUGGAACGACUCGGCAGGAAAAAAAAACAAAACGAAAAAUCUUUUCUGCAUCCUUACAGAAAAAUUCAAAGAAGAAACGAAAAAAAAGACGGUCAAUACUCAUUAGCCGACCGAUUGUGUGUGUGUGUUUUGUGCCAGUGUGUCUGUGCGUGUGUAUCUGUGUGUGUGCUAUAUUUCCACUGCGGUGGUUUUCUAGUAGCGUGAUUGGUCUUCAUUAAAACAGAUUCUUUACAUCUUUCUUCUUGCGAGCUGAGCUUUUCUGCACUGAAAAAGAAGAAGAAAAAAAGGGAAAAUUACAAAUUUCCUUGUCGAAAGGAAGAAAAAAAGAAGAAGAGCCGCCACAACUAAAGCUGUUUUGUGUGCCGUGACUUGCGGGAGUCCCGCACGCGCCUCACAUAUAUACAUACACACACUGCUGCCCAGCUUUUGUCGGUUCUCUUGUGCAUCUGUGCGCCGUCUGUCCACAGAAGUGAACCAUCGCUCGUUUUGUGAUUCUCUUCCCAGCUGAUCCGUCCGUCACCGGCUGCCGAAUAAUCCAACCCACAUUUGAUAUCGCCAUCGACCAAGAGAAGAUAUCCCCAAAAAACCGCAUCCACCCGACCGGUGCCUUGCCGUGUGCAUGUGACAACUAUAGCCAACAGUUCUCCUCUCUUCACCUUCAACAUUCUUCUGUCAAAAACAAGCAGAUGGAGGGCCGUAUCGAAGAACUGGAGCGAGAACUGAAGGAAACGAGCGAGCAGUUGGCGCUGACGCGGGAGCAGCUGCGACUGCAGAGCCGACGGGCCCGCCAGCUGGUGGCCGCCUGUUCCACCAAAGUCGAGGAGAAAGAGCGCGAAAUGCGAAUGCUGCGGGUUCUCAAAGACGGCCAACUCCAGUCCAUCGUCCGCAAAUUGCUGCACUUUGAGAGUCUCCUGCGGCAGGAGCAGAAACGGGUCGUCGACAUCGUCCGGCAAAAGGAUCACAUCAUCUGGACGCAAUCGACCGAACUGGAUCAACUGAGACAGGCCAAUCGCAAGCUCCUGAUGGCCGCCAACCAGGAUCCAGAGGAUCUGUCGGCCGCUUCCAAUCCGGCCGCCUCCAAAAUGGCCAAACUCGACCCGGAAAACAAGGAAAACGUCGCCCAAAAUGAGCACAAGGUUUCGAUGAACCCACAACAAAUGAUGGAGACGCCGUUGGUGACGAAAAUGGUCCGUCGAUUCGAGCCGGCCGCCGUCACCAAGAAACCCGAGAUCCCCAAGAAGCCGGCCCGUCUGCUGGCGUCAGUCGCUCCGACUCCCGUCGUUGCCCAGCCGCCACAGACGUCACCAGUCACCAGCGCCGGGAGCAAAGCAAUCGUCCGGACGGAUUCCGUCAACGAUCACGGAUAUUUCACGCUCGAGAAGCGGAAACCUGUCCGGAUGAGCGUCACUCCAACGCCCGUCCAGGUAUCAGAACCCAAUCCCAGUCCCCGGGAUCCGCCCACGGCGGAUCGCGUAGUGGACGAAAUGGAUCUGCGGAACAAUUUCGAGGAAUUCCAUCUGAUGGACAGUCUGGAAGAAGAAGAGCAGCAACAGCAACAACAGCAACAACACCUAUUCCAAAAGAAACAACAACAACAUUGCCCGGAAUCAACGCUGAUGACAACGACGCCUCCGCGGACGCCCGACCGGAGCAGCGGCGACGGGGCCGAGUGGAACAGCAGCGCCAACAGCAGCGGCGGAAGCAGUUUGCAGAUGACACCUCCGCACAACGGUCUGGGCGACUGCACCUCGUUGAGCAUCUCAGCCGGAUCGGUUCAGAUCCUUCCGCAAUUGGGCGACGCGACUCCGACGUCGGGCGUCCAAUUCGACCGUUUCCUAGACGCCAGCGGUUUGACGCAAAAAUCGAUCCUGACGCCGAGUCGGCUGCUCAGCAACCACAAAAACAUGCUCAAACCCAAGGACGUGAAACAUCGGCACAUGAUCAACAAAGCCACUCACGCCACUCACGCCCCAAACGCCUUCAACUGCCGUUCCAGCGAGUCCCUACUCUUGUCGGCUCUACCAGGUGAUCCCGCCCGUUUGCACCAUCACCACCACCACCACCACCACCACCACCACCAUUCCACUAAUCAAGUCCGUUACUACGUCGAACCAUUCCUAUAGGAAAACAACAACAACAACAAAAAACCCCAAACGAGGAAUACUAUUUCGUCAUGAUAAUAUUUAAAAAUAUAAAACGAAACGGCACAAAAAAUUUUCCGUUAAAAAAGAAAGAAAAAGAUGAAACGAAGGGAAUAUUAUAUAGCUUUCUGAUGGGCCACCAAAAUCGUUCAUCACGAAUAUGUGUGUGUGUGUGUGUUUUUUUUUUCUCGGCUGACAAACAAAAACAAAAAUUUUGUUGCUUUUUCUUUUGUGAACGCUCGCGCGCAACUGUCUGUGGUUUUUUGGCGUUUUUUUUUUUCUGUUUAAUAUUUUUGUUUGCCGCAAAAAUAACGAGCGGCAGAUGACCAUUUUCGGAAAGAAAGAAAAAAAUAUUCGUGAUCCAACGGAGGAGGGAGAAAGUGGCGAACAUCCGCCGACCUCGACGUUUUUCUAUCUACUAUGAAAAAAACAAACAAACAAAAAUAGGAUUUUGUUCACUUUUUUGUUUGUCUGUGUUAACCCAAAUGAAAAAGAAAUGACAAAAUGUAUUUUUUGUGUUUGUGUGUACGAAUAUUCUGUCUGUUGCGGUUCUCUCACUUUUCAGAGAGAAAGGGAAAAUAAUAUACAAGGGGGUCCCAAUUCGGUCCUGUUUGGACCUCGUCCAAAAGGGAAGGAACACAACAUCGAACCAUGAUGAUGAUGAUGUUUCAACCGGCCAACCAAAAAAAAAUCAUUCAAAAUUUUUUUGAGAUUUUCAAAGAAACAUUUUGAAUGACGUAUUGGUUUUGUGGCUUUUUUUUCUUCAAUGGUAUGGCGCCGCUUCUCGGAGCUGUGCGACCGUAACAACCGAAAGAAAUGGAAUCGGCCAUUUCUUUUCUGCCGUGUGUUAUGCUAAUAAAAAAAUAUAUUUUUUUAAGGAGGAAAAAAAAAAUACGAAUCUUCCAUCCCGUGCGCAUUCUACAGACACAUAACGAUCACAACAAGAUGGAAACGUCGUCCCUUCUUCUGUCCCGACUAGAUAUGAUAAUAUUCCUUUCCUUCGUCAUCCUCCUGCCUCCCAUAUUUUGGCGCAUACGUGUGUGUGUGUGUGUGUCCCCCCGCCCGCGCAUCACAUUUUAUACAUAUAUAUACACAAGUGUAGUAUUUUUUGGCUGUAUAAGGAAUUUCUGAAAUAUUUAUUUUUAUUUUUUAAAUCAUUUUUGGGUUUCCUUUUUCUUUUUGGCUUCGAUCUUUUUUUUUGUUUUUCAGCUUCUUCGAAUUUUCUAUCCAUUCACUAAGCCAGAAGAAGAAAGAAUGUGUGGCGAACAGUGAUCAUAACGAUACCCUCGGAGUGUACAAACAAAUAUUAUAUCAAAUUUACCCCAACAACUUCCUCCUCCUUUUUCCUCCACUACACACCCCCCCCCCCGUAUAUAUAUUAUAUAAUGUGCACACACAACAACUAUUUUAUUUUGUACAAUAAUUUUUAGCCAAUGCCCAGAGAGAAAUUGGAAAAAAAAAUGAACAGAAAAGAAUCAAAUACAAUGAGACGUCAGAGAUGA